UACAUUUCUGCAGUGCUGCGUUCUAUAGCGUGGCUUCGUUUACUUAGUCAACAGUCAACGGCGGAAUGGACGUACAAACUGAGAGUUCCGAGAGACGUCUCCAGCAGAUUCAUUCAGUUAUCUCGUCAGGUGCGACAGAUGCGACAUCGUCAAAACCAGAAUGUUGCGCUGGACCCGGCUACGCCACCCCUCUGGAAGCGAUGAAAGGACCGCGAGAAAAACUGCUGUACAUCCCCUGUAUUGUACCCGAGAAAGACCGCCCCGACUACCUGGCCACCAUCGACGUGGACCCGCAGUCGCCCACGUUCUGCCAAGUUGUCAGUCGUCUGUUCAUGCCAUAUGUAGCAGACGAACUUCACCACACAGGAUGGAACGCCUGCUCCAGUUGCUAUGACGACCCAUCGAAAUGUCGCAACAGGAUGGUUCUGCCGUGUCUAAACAGUGACCGAGUGUACAUCAUAGACACUGGAACAAACCCACGGGCGCCAACUAUACAUAAGGUUGUGGAAUCGUCUGAAGUGCAUUCAAAGACAGGACUGGGGGCGCCACACACCAGCCACUGUCUCGGUUCCGGACAGGUGAUGAUCAGCUGCAUGGGAGACCCAGAAGGAAACAACAAAGGAGGAUUCUUUCUUUUGGACGGGGAGACGUUUGAUGUAAUAGGGAACUGGGAGAAAUCCGCUGUGGAGUUUGGUUAUGACUACUGGUACCAGCCAGGGCACAAUGUCAUGCUGAGCUCAGAAUGGGGUGCGCCAAAGUGCUGGAGAAAUGGAUUCAACCCUGAACACGUCAAACAAGGUUUGUAUGGUCACAGCAUCAACGUGUGGGACUGGUCGACUCACGAACACAUCCAGACGAUAGACAUGGGGGAAGAGGGUUACAUUCCCCUAGAGAUUCGCUUCCUGCACGACCCAACCGCCACAGAAGGAUACGUCGGCUGUGCUCUCAGUUCGAACAUCUUCCGUUUCUUCAAAACCGAGAAUGGAAAAUGGGAUGCAGAAAAGGUCAUUGACGUCCCUUCCAAGAAAGUGGAAGGAUGGGCUUUACCAGAAAUGCCAGGUUUGAUCACGGACAUCCUCCUGUCUCUGGACGACAAGUACCUCUACUUCAGCAACUGGCUGCACGGCGACAUCAGACAGUAUGACAUCACUGACAAGCGCAAGCCUAAACUAGUGGGACAGAUUUUCCUUGGCGGAAGUAUUUGUAAUGAUGGUCCUGUCAAGGUAACCUCAGACGAAGAACUCAAGAAACAGCCCGACUCUGUUUACAUCAAGUCAAAGCGACUAGAAGGCGCAGCACAGAUGAUUCAGUUGAGUCUGGACGGUAAACGGCUGUACGUGACCACUGCCCUCUACAGUGCCUGGGACAAGCAGUUCUACCCCAACAUGUCACGAGCUGGCUCAAUGUUGCUGCAGGUUGACGUGGACACAGAACGAGGUGGCUUGACUCUCAACACAGAAUUCUCCGUAGAUUUCGGAACCGAGCCCCAGGGUCCAGUUUACGCCCAUGAGAUUCGAUAUCCUGGCGGUGACUGCACCUCCGAUAUCUGGCUGUAAGAAAUAUCUCUUCAUAGGAUGACCAUCACCAUCGAUGUGUUCUAAAACCUACAGUGGAACUUACAAUCAACCUCUGCAAUUGUCUGCGGCACUUGACAAUGACUUGGAGAUUGUCAUGGAGUUUUUAAUUAUAUCUGGAACUUUUUUUUGGUCUAUAUAUAUAUAUAUAUAUAUAUAUUUUCAAG